UCCGUCUCCAUGCUUCGCUUCAACUGGUUGCCUAUAAUCAGACAAUUGCCAACCAUGAAAAUGAAGAAACACCAACGUCUUGACUAUCGGAAUAAACUAAUCCUGGCACCCAUGGUGCGUGUCGGAACAUUACCCAUGCGACUGCUUGCUCUCGAAAUGGGCGCUGACAUCGUUUAUACUGAGGAACUUAUUGAUUUGAAAUUGAUCAAAAGUAUUCGCCGUCCAAAUCCCGCUUUGGGGACUGUUGACUUUGUGGACCCUUCGGACGGCACAAUUAUUUUUCGCACAUGCCCUUUGGAGACGUCAAAAGUGGUGCUGCAAAUGGGAACCAGCGAUGCGGCUCGAGCUUUAGCUGUUGGCAAACUGGUCCAGUGUGAUAUUGCCGGAUUAGAUAUAAAUAUGGGCUGUCCCAAGGAGUUUUCUAUUAAGGGCGGAAUGGGAGCAGCGUUGCUAGCUGAACCGGACAAAGCUGCUCAUAUACUGCGCACACUGUGCUCGCAGUUGGAUAUACCAAUUACCUGCAAGAUACGCAUACUGCCCGAUCCCAUGGAUACCAUCAAUCUCGUUCAGAAGCUGGCAGCAACUGGUAUUGCUGCCAUUGGCAUUCAUGCGCGGACUAGAGAUGAACGGCCCCAGCAUCGUCCACAUCCAGACGUUUUGCGUGCUGUGGCGAGCGCGGUGGAUAUACCUAUCAUUGCCAAUGGGGGAUCUCGGGAAAUGCACACGUUUGAGGAUCUGCACAAGUUCCAGGAAUUGUGUGGCGCUGAUAGUGUCAUGGUUGCCCGUGCUGCCCAGCUUAAUGUGUCUAUAUUUCGCAGAGAAGGCGUUUUGCCAAUUGACGAGGUGAUUGAUAAGUAUCUUCGCCUUUGCAUCAAUUACGACAAUGCUCCGCACAAUACCAAGUAUUGUGUGCAGAGCAUACUCAGAGAGUUGCAGGAAACGCCGCGCGGCAAACGCUUCUUGCAGUGCCAAACGUUACAGCAGAUUUGUGAAAUUUGGCACCUAGGUGACUACUGUCGCCGUCGACAACAGGAGCUCAAGGAUCACGGUAAUGCUGGGCGUGCCAAUGUAAUUCUCUCCGAAUGCCUGAAUAACAAACGUCAAAAGCUCGAUCUGUCUGAAGAUGCAAUGGAGGAGUAUGAGGGCGUCAUUAGCCGUAAGAUGGCAUUCCUGCGCUCCACCUACACGAGUGAUACGCAGCUACCCAAGACGGUGCUCUAUGUGCACGCUGGUCGCCUGGGUAAACAACCUCCGUGCUACGAGACGCAGCGCUGCGACAAACUAUUCCGGGCCAUCUGCAGCUAUGACGGGCAACGCUAUAGCAGCAGUUUUUGGGAGAAAAACAAGAAACAGGCCGAGCAAGGAGCUGCAUUGGUUGCGUUGCUGGAGCUUGGACAGCUGAACGAAAAAGACCUCUAUGACAAUGGCAGUCUAAUCAGUUAGAGCCUCAUGAACUGCUCAUCAUGAAUUUCCUUACAAAAAAAUACAUCUAUUUGUUCACAGCGCUUCUACAUUUGAUUUUGUUGGUUUAAUUUAUGUUUACCGCAUGCCUUAGGCAACCAUACAAUAAUGUUCAAUGUUUGGAAUUGUGGAUGGAAUAAAACUA